UAACCCGCUCUAGAGACAUUUCUCGCGUAGCUUAAACUCAUCGCUAGUGUUAACCGAGCUCUGAACGAUGUCGGGAACCAAACAAACACUGGUGAUCUCGGCCGUGGGCAUCUUUGUGUGUUACUUUUACUUUGCGAUUCUCCAAGAAAAGAUCACUCGCGGCCGGUACGGUGAUGAGGUUCAGGAGGAUGGCUCUCGAGGCGAGCGUUUUACCUAUAUGUUGGCUCUCGUCGGCGUGCAAUGUGUCUGCAAUUGGAUGUUUGCAAAAGCUCUUCUUGUAAUCACACCGCAACCGGUGGAUGGUACGCCAAAGGUUUACUACGCCUCCAGCGCUCUCACGUACCUGCUAGCUAUGAUUAGCUCCAACAUGGCCCUACGAUGGGUUGCUUACCCGAUGCAGGUCGUAGCAAAAGCCGCCAAGCCGAUUCCGGUGAUGCUACUGGGUGUGAUCGUUGGCCGAAAAAGCUAUCCUGUGCAAAAGUACCUGUUCGUGUUACUGAUCGUGGUCGGCGUGGUGCUGUUCAUGUUUAAGGACGGAAAAGGAUCAACUGGACCCGUACUGGAACACGAAACGCUCGGUCAGUUGCUGCUGGUGAUGAGCCUCGCAAUGGAUGGCCUUACCGGGGCCAUUCAAGAACGAAUGCGUGCGCACAGCGCCCCCUCCGCCCAGCACAUGAUGUUGGCGAUGAACGGCUGGAGUGCGAUGAUAGUGUCCGUCGGGCUGGUUGUGACUGGCGAAGGCAAGGCAUUCAUUAUGUUUGCUAGCAGGCAUCCUCAGCUUUUCACACAUCUUACUCUACUGGCGCUGACCGGUGCGUUGGGUCAGCUGUUCAUAUUCAUGAUGGUAUCCUCUUUCGGUGCGCUAGCCUGCUCGGUCGUGACGACGACAAGGAAAUUCUUUACCGUGCUGUUUUCGGUGCUAUUUUUUGGAAAUGCGCUCUCUAAUCGACAAUGGAUUGGAGCUGUGCUCGUAUUCUGCGGUCUGUUUGCUGAUAUGUUCUUCGGUAAAAAGCAACCUGCUCCUAAUGGCAAAAUGGCUAAAGAGAAAUCGAAACACGAAGCGGAGCCUAUGACGAGCAAACAUUAAGUCAUGAGAUUCUAUGGCAUUUAAAAUAUAACAAUUCCAUCGUGGUAUUGAGCCACCCUAAAAACACAAUUCAUGCGCACAUUGUCGUGACGGCUAUUCUUCGUGACACGAAGCGAAAAGAUGCUAAUUCAGCCACUAUCCCUCUAGCGAUAUACCUGUGUCCUUCUUUAUUAUAAUUAUCUAGUGAGAAAAUAUAGAAUAAAUGAAAUCUUGUUUGUACGAAAGGUG